UUUUUUUCAAUUCGUUUGCUUGACGUUCACGGACGUGAUUCCGCACACAGCACAUACUCGAAUACGUUUCGCAAUAUAUGUAUCAAAAUUCUCCGUGUGGACUCUAUCUGGAUUGGAUGCAACACUAAAUUGCCAGUGUUUUCCCCUAGAUUUCCUAACGACGCAAAAUUCUCAGUGCAACAUAAAACCGAAAGCCUUUCUAACAACACAAUCAACUGACCAUCAUCGAUAAAAACAACAAGUCUCCCGGAGGAAGUGGAUCCAAACUAUCCAGUGCAACUGCGGACGAACUUCUCGACAGGAUUGAGACAAAUAUCAUGUUGUUAAAAGUGCCAUCUGUGGACUGGACGGAUCAAAUAAUUUACGUAGUGGACGAUGACGAGUCGCUGUCAGACAUCGACGAUGAGCCAGAUUUCUCCGAAUACAUGUGGAUGGAGAACGAGGAGGAGUUCGACAAGAACGAACUGCAACGGCUGGAGGAGGAGGAGAUCAUGCAGGAGUGUUUUGAAGCCAUGAUAGAGGACGAGCUGGAGGAGCAGAUCAACGAGUGGGAGAAGGCCAAGACGGACGAACAGAACACGGCGCUUUCCGCACUGCCCAAGAGCCAGUGUGAUGUGGAAAAGUCUGUUCUGAAUCCGAUGGCUGAUGAGUUUGUUCCGCGUUGUCAUGUUAUAGAUUUUCCAGCCUCAUAAAGACAGCACACAUCUCCUGCCCGCCACAGAAUCACAAACCACCCCGAACCCAUAACACGUGGACCUCAUACGCGAAACCUUAGAUAAACUGAAGAUCCUUUACUAAGACUCGAGUAACAGAUUCCGCUAAUGAGAUUGAGAUUGAUAUUCUGACCAAGUUGAGCUGAUGAAGCAUUCGGAGUAGUGGCUCAUGAAUAUCUAAUUUCUAGAUACCAAAAUGCUGGAAAAAAAACUGAAGAUACCAACAAACUCCAAAUGCAGGCGACCGAAAUGCAAACGAAUCAUAUUUUUAAAAAACGUUAUAAAAAAAAAUGAACCACUGCAAAAAUACAAAAAAUAUGUUUAAAAGUAAAACCAA